AACAUUUUUUGGCGAACAGUGUUGCAUUAUGGUCCAUUAGAAUAAGUGUAGACCGCCGCCAAAGGAAUGAAAGAAGGAAUGAAUGUUAUCUAGACUACAGUGUUUAAUUUAGUCUUAGACUUAGCUCCAGAAAGCUUAUUCAUUAAAAUUCUCCAACUGCAAUAUUAUCAUCAUAAUACUGUACUCCUACUUCACUCUUCAUAAAUUAAAGGUAGGCUAUAAAAUCAAUUUUAAAGUUUUCUAUCGAACCUGUUUACUGACAACCGUCUGUGUUGUUGGUUGUCAUGGAGAUUGAUGACAUCCAAACUAAGUUACACUAAGUAUAAAUAAUGGUAAAAGUAGGGCGAGGCCUGCUAAUCAACUAAAUUGAAAUGCUACAAAAAAGAUAGUUCGACUAGUCCUAGUGGUUAAUUUAAAUUAUCACAUUUACUCAGACAAAAACGUUGAGUAUAGCCCCAUAAAUUUAAAUUUUAAAUCAAAAGGAUAAGGAAUGAGCAAAUUAUGAAUGUAAUUUAUAUUUUGUUUUUAAAUACUAAAUGUGGUUGAGAAUAACGUGUAUAAGUCAAGUCGAGGUGAGUGGCACAAGCUCUGCUUUAUCUAAUUUUUUUAUGUUUUAUUUGUUAACAUUUGGUAGGCCUAUUAUUUAGGCCAGAGCUCAGCAACCAUUUUCAUGCACGGCAAACACCAGAUUGCUUAACUAAACAACUAUUAUAGUAAAUUAUAGGCAAUAUGAAGAAAGUAUCCAAAGGGAAGUGCACAGUUGGAGGACAGAAAGUGUUUUAAAUACUACUAUCCCUUUAACCCAUUGACAUUGACUUAAAACUCAUGGGAAAAAUUUGUUUUGGAUCUCACAACCUGUUGAGGCAGACUCACUGUCAGAAAACUCUCCAGUCAGAGAUUAAGCAUGAAGACCACCCUCAUCAAGGAAAAGCUAAAUUUACCCUAAGCCUAAAUAGCACUAAUUCCCCAAAGCAAUCAUAUCAUACAUGUUGGUGAGCUUUCCAGGCACUAAUAUAGGACUGAAAAGCCACCCUCAAAUAUGGUCUUGGUCAUCUAUAUAUUUAUGCAGACGAACAACAACUGAAUUAAAUCAAGUCAAUGCACAAGCAUUCAACUACUGUAACUGAUUACUAACUGGGGUUAGCGUUUGUGGUAGUGUGUAUUAAGGGGGAUGUAUUUUAGGUGGAGUUAACUAUUUAAUCAAAGUAAAUGUGUUGAUGGUAAAUGAGUGCUUGGUUGACAGUAAAUGGGUGCUUGGUUGACAGUAAAUGGUUGCUUGGUUGACAGUAAAUGGUUGCUUGGUUGACAGUAAAUGGGUGCUUGGUUGAGGUGGGAAGAAGAUUUAGCCAACUCCUUUUCAGAGUUGUUAAGAAACGUGCAGCAAAAACGUUAUCCUGGCAAUAUUUAAAGAAUGUUUUCAAGCAGGGACCACACUCAUUUCAGAAAGAUCAAAGUUUUAAGACCGUUUGACAAGGUUAGAUGACUAUCGGUUUGGUGCUGGUUAAGAAGUUGAGACAUUAUUUAAGAUACCAGCUGAGGUAUUGGUUAAAAUACUAGUUGGGAUCACCGCAAUGUUUCAUCACUAUUGUCUUGAGCUUUGUGUUUACACAAAUAAAUUGCUAGAUGGCCCAAAAGUAUAGAAAUGUUAUGAUAAUUAGAAAUCAUGGAUAUCACAGAUUGUUGGUGAUAGGUGGCUAAGUAGAUCUAUAACUAUUAUAAAUAGGCUAGUCACGGAGUGUCAGAUUAGUAAGCAAGCCUAUUUAUGGACUGCCGAAAUUUUAUAACAGGCUACUUAAGAUGUACCAUAAAGUGUAACAAGAAAAGCAGAUUAAUCAGUUAGUGUGCAACUUAUUCAGUACGGUACAGGUAAACUAACUGUUAACAAAAAAACAACAACCAUAAAACGAUUUUUUUAAAAAUGUAUGUCCAUUCUUUGUCCGGCUCUCCAAAUCUUGCAAGUGCGCUCCUUCACAUGGGACACAUGGAUUGCACCCCUGUCUUGCCACUUAUUCAUUACACCUCUGCAAGCCUUCUUCUAUGCGCCACUUUGAUUAGAAGCAUUCCUCCUGAAUACGAAAAUUUUUGGCAUAAUUUUUGUGACUCGCUUGUCUGACUAAAAAGAAAAAAGACGUUUGCUUUCCUUUUAGGGCAGGGGGUCAGCAACCUUUUUGGAGUGAAGAGCCAUUUCAUAAAUUUAUAUCUUCUCAAUAAACAUUUAGGAAUUAAACACAUUGUUAACAAUUGCUGGAUUCUGCUUUUCAAGAUGAGGCCUAAAUUGCAGACGCGGUUAAUGCCAACAAUUCAUUGGCGUAGGAAAGGGAGCGGGGAGAAGGUUGUCCGCCCCCCUGGGCAUAUUUUUUUUUAUAUAGAGAUAUGUCAUUAUCGGUAAAUUGUAGACUUUUUCUCGUUAUGAAACCUGGCAAUAAUCCUAGCCAAGCCACUGCAACCAUUAUCUAUUAGCACACUAACACAGUCGUUAGGUAUAGUUAACCACCGCAGGGAAUGCAACCACUUGUUUAAGCUGCAUUGACGAGUACUAAUUUCAGUUUUAAAAAAAGGUUUAAUAAUGAAAGGUGUCUCUGAAACUGUGGUUUGCCAAUCAUUGAUUUGAGGAGAUAAAAGUAUUAGCAGGAAAUGAAUUGUACUUAUUAACAAUGUUUGUUUUUUUAAACGCUAUUCUUACUUCCAAGGUUACCUAUCAAAAUGACCCAACCUAGCGCCACGAUAGUGGUGAACAAACAGGAUAUGGAAGCCUUAAUGCAGAUUGAAGCAAAGAAUUUUGUGUGGGAUGCUUUGAAUAAUCACAGUGAUUACAAGGUACAGCCAUGGGCUUAGGAAGAUGGGGCAGAAGGGCGACACUUUUUGGGGGGGGGGGCUUGGAAAAAACACAGUGAUUACAAGGUAUGACAAUGGGCUUAGGAGGAGGGGGCAGAAGGGCGACACUUUGUGGUGGGAGGCUUUGAAUAAACACAGUGAUUACAAGUAGUUAAAUAAAUUUUGAAAAUUCAAAAAAAAAAAAUUGAUUAUGUUUAUUAUUAUUUAUUAAAAUAUAAUCUCUCAUAUGCUAAAGGGCCACAUAGAACUGGUUCAUCUCUGUGUCAUCAGAAGUGUGUUGCAUUUGUUUACAUGACCCAUAGUACCUAAUGACCAGCAGUACCAAAUGAACUAGCGUACCAAAAAAUGCUACACAUGACGCCCAUUCAGCGACAACAGUAUUGGCCACACAAGUUAAAGGACUGAUUGUGUCAGUAGAUCUUGUACAUCUCCAUGUUUACCAGACAUUGUGUCAGUAGAACUUGUACAACUCCAUGAUGUCCAAACAUUGUGUCAGUAGAUCUUGUACAACUCCAUGAUGUCCAAACAUUGUGUCAGCAGAUCUUGUACAUCUCCAUGAUGUCCAGACAUUGUGUCAGUAGAUCUUGUACAUCUCCAUUUGUCCAAACAUUGCGUCAGUAGAUCUUGUACAUCUCCAUUAUGUCCUGACAUUGUGUCAGUAGAUCUUGUACAUCUCUAUGAUGUGCAGACAUUGUGUUAGUAGAUCUUGUAAAUCUCCAUGAUGUCCAAACAUUGUGUCGGUAGAUCUUGUACAUCUCCAUGAUGCCCAGACAUUGUGUCAGAUCUUGUACAUCUCCAUGAUGUCCAGACAUUGUAUCAAUAGAUCUUGUACAUCUCCAUGUUGUCAAAACAUUGUGUCAGUAGAUCUUGUACAUCUCCAUGAUGUCCAGACACUGUGUCAGUAGAUCUUGUACAUCUCCAUGUUGUCUAAACAUUGUGUCAGUAGAUCUUGUACAUCUCCAUGAUGUCCAAACAUUGUGUCAGUAGAUCUUGUACAACUCCAUGAUGUCCAAACAUUGUGUCAGUAGAUCUGGUACAUCUCCAUGUUGUCCAAACAUUGUGUCAGUAGAUCUUGUACAUCUCCAUGAUGUUCACACACUGAUCUUAUUGAAAAAUGCGCUAGACGCUCUGAUGGCACCCUGUUCUUGUGGCACCCUGUUCUUCUGGCACCCUGAUCUUGCGGCACAAAGUUAAGCCACUUCACUAAUCUUAUUGAAGACCACAUUAAGACACUCUAAUGACAUCCUGGUCUGGUGGGACUCUCUCCUGGGCUCACCCUGCUCUUGUAUUUAAUUUGCAAUUUUCCGUUUGGGUUUCAACCCCCCCCCUGCCCUUAAUGAGGGGGAGCAAGCUGCAACCCCCUAGUGACACCACAGACUAUUUGUUGGUCUAUCACCACCCCUCUAUCCCCUCCCCCUAGUGCUCAGUAUGUCUUGGGAAUUCCAUGUCAAUCUUUUGUAUAUGUAGGCACCUGUAGCAAAGUCAAUAAAGGAGAGGGGGGCGCAAAGGUAGCACCGAUAACAUUUUCCAAAAGUGGAGCUUUCUCAAUGAAAUAUUUGUUUCAUUUUAUCGAAAAGAUGGCUACGCUACUGGUAGACACUAUGGUAAUGUAAUAAGGGGAAGAGACUGCAAUGAGGUUAGAGAAAUGGAAAGAGGAGCAAAACAAAGUGUGGGAAAACCUGAAAAAAUAUAACGCAACAAAACAGCGAACGUGUCUGCAAGUAGCCUUCAUCAGCAAACAAGCAACAGUAAAAACAGAAUUAAAUAAAAAUAACACAGCUGAAAUGUAGUAUCCAAGAGGACAGCAAGAGGAAUGUAACAGAAAAUAACUAGGUGAGGGAUUAAAUACAGACAAAAAGAGGACAGCAAGAGGAUUGUAACAGAAAAUAACUAGGUGAGGGAUUAAAUACAGGCAAAGAGAGGACAACAAGAGGAUUGUAACAGAAAAUAACUAGGUGAGGGAUUAAAUACAGGCAGAGAGAGGACAACAAGAGGAUUGUAACAGAAAAUAACUAGGUGAGGGAUUAAAUACAGGCAGAGAGAGGACAGCAAGAGUAUUGUAACAGAAAAUAACUAGGUGAGGGAUUAAAUACAGGCAAAGAGAGGACAGCAAAAGGAAUGUAGCAGAAAAUAACUAGGUGAGGGAUUAAAUACAGGCACAGAGAGGACAGCAAGAGGAAUGUAACAGAAAGUAACUAGGUGAUGGAUUAAAUACAGGCAAAGGGAGGAAAAGUAAGUACACUGUGAUUAGUCGUAUCGAUAAAAGUGUCACAAAUUGUGUAUCAUUAGUGAUUGUUAGACACCAUGGUGUUGUUUCACUAAAUCUUUCCUAAGAGAAAUAAGAAAAGUUUACAAUUUCCUUAACACUGCACUAGGCAGUCUGUCUGUCUGCUCUUUUUUCACCCUCACCUGUUCAUUUUAUCACCCUCCCCACCACACACAACUUUGUAUAUUAUUUCUGAUAGGCAGAUGCCUUCCUACUGUGAGGAAUAAAAUCAUUUAACUUUCGUUAUUUACUUUCCAGACAAUGGCUUCCUAUAUAAAAGGGCAGAUGGACUUCAAGUACCGCCCUAAUUGGCAUGUCGUGGUUGGGCGCAGCUUCAGCAGUUACGUGACUUACGAAAAUCGUCAUUUUAUCUACAUUACUGCACUGGGAACACACUUUCUUAUCUAUAAGUCUUGAUUACUGUUUGUCGACCGGAAGCUGAGCUAAGAUCUUGACCUUGAACCGAGUGAGUGAAACUAAACCACAUCAGGGAAACAUCUCUAUCAGAUAGACCACACCAGGGAAACAUCUCUAUCAGAUGGACCACACCAGGGAAACAUCUCUAUCAGAUGGACCACACCAGGGAAACAUCUCUGUCAGAUAGACCACAUCAGGGAAACAUCUCUAUCAGAUAGACGUGUUAUUUUUUUAAAUGAUUGUUUUACAAUUGUGGCUGUUAACAUCAAGGAUUGUACACAGAAAAUAAAAGAAAAAAAAAGAAAUCCUUCAAAAUCAGUUUUAUGUUUUUACUAAGCUGUACUGUAAACAGGGGCC